AUGGAGAAUCAGAUACUGCUUGACAUAGGAUCGGUUAUAGAUGGUGGACUUGUAACUGAAAUAUUUAGCCAAAAUAAUCCAGUUAGUUCUGAAAACUUUAAUUUGGAGACUGCGUUAAUUAAUAAUCCCAGCGAAGAGGGAUUGUCUUCUGGUCAAGACAGUCACUUAUGCACCAUAGCUGUGGGAGAGACUUUGUUAGAUCACUUUAAGUAUCCUCUUACUUUUGAAAAUCAAAAUACACUCACAAAAGUUGAAAUAUGUCCGCAUGGAAACAGCAGCUGUGACAGUGAAGAUCUUGGAAAAUAUAAGGAAUUGAAUUUCCCAGAAGAAGAUGAGCAUAUGCAUUCACCUUAUCUGCCUUCAAAUGGUGUCCAUUUUCUUUCUUCUGUACUGAUGCAACAUAAAAAUUUCAGUGAUCCGUCUUCAAGCAUUUCCUCUCUAGAAGGAACAGUCAGUCAGAAUGUCAGAAUGAUACCAGACUAUGGUAGUGGUCAGUUUGUGCCUGGCUCUCCUACAGAAUCUUCCAGUGGUGUCUGUGGCUUACCUCAGACUAGUGCUUCUGUCUACGAUGAAAUUGCUGAAGUAAGAGAGGCAGUUAGUAAUGUUAUGGGGAAUGACCAAGAUGAAGCCAUUUUUCAGAGUUCAAAUGUAGGCGGGUCUGACUGCAAGUUAUUCGCGUUGCACAGUGUACUGGAGGAACCCAGCUGUUCACACAGAAGUGAUUCCAAUCCUGUGGUGAUAUGCCAGCUGGAUGGAGGUACUCAAAUACUCUGUAUAAACAGUUCUGGCACAAGAGAACUAAAAACGGUUCAUCUAAUUCCCCAGUAUCAGGACCAAUAUAAUUAUCUUCAAUCAGAUGUGGGCAACUCUGUAGCAGCUGUACUUGGGCAGUUUUUGCCAGUUUCAGGUAAACUGGAUUUGAAUGAAAAACAGUUUGAAAAUGGAUCCUUACCAUCAGUAGCCAGCACUGCCGCAUACCAUUCAGAAUCAAAUCUGCAAGGACCAGGGAAAAUGACUUCAGUUGGAUAUUGUGACUGUUUUGCUAACAGUGAUUUUUGCAACAACUGCAACUGCAAUAAUUGUUACAACAAUCCACUUCAUGAAACUGAGCGAUUUAAGGCCAUUAAGGCCUGUCUUGAUAGAAACCCAGAAGCUUUUCUACCAAAGAUUGGGAAGAGGAAACUGGGAGAAAUUAAACCUCGUCAUAACAAAGGAUGUAAUUGCAAGCGCUCAGGAUGCCUUAAGAAUUAUUGUGAGUGCUUUGAGGCUAAAAUUAUGUGUUCCUCUAUUUGCAAAUGCAUUGGUUGCAAAAAUUAUGAAGAAAGCCCAGAUCAAAAAACCCAGUUGAAUAUGCCAAACUACAUGGACAUUGGAAAUAAUGAAGGAAAUAGCCCAGUUUUAACAUCAGCAUUUGAAAUGUUACCAAAAUCGAAGAAAGACAGGCAACCAGCUGUAUGUAUAUCUUGGGAAGAAGUGAAAGCAACAUGUGCUUGUCUCCUGGUGCAGGCUGAAGAGGCAGAAAGAGGAGGUUACUCUGUUUGUCUAGCUGAACGAAUGAUCAUGGAAGAAUUUGGGAGAUGUUUAUCCCAAAUACUACAUGCAUAACUUAAAGGACUGAAAGUUGAAUAAUGUUCAAUGUCUUAUAAAACCAAUGAGUAUUAAUUUUGAUAUGUUGCUACAGUCUCCCACAUAUCUUACUUUAAUCUUUUGUAGGAUUAAUUUCAUUGACUUUAGCUGAAUUGUUUCUGAAUGAUGCUGGGGUAAGUGAGAUCAGAAUCACACCCAGCAUUUUUCAGAGUAGCAGUGUUAGACUAAGCUUAAUAUAUUUUCUACGAAAACAGACUUUGUCGUUAGGGUAUUCUGGUCGAAUUCUUCACUGUUUA